AUGCACGAAAAAAUUGACCUUCUGAUACUUGUUUCUACUGUGCACAAGAAUGGCUUCGUUCGGGAGGCAUUACGGACCACGUGGUUGUCAUGCACGAAAAACAAUACUGCAAAUGUGAGGCACGUUUUCCUUCUAGGAAAAACAUUUGACAAUAUGUUACAGGAAUCUGUAAUGAGAGAAAAUGAUAUACAUCACGAUAUCGUUCAGGAGAUGUUUAUCGACACUUACCAAAAUCUUACCUACAAAACAAUAAUGGGUUUUAAGUGGGCCUCUACCAAAUGUUCUAACGCACAUUUUGUUAUGAAAACAGACGAUGACAUGUGGGUAAAUGUACCUUCGUUAGUGAAGUUGUUGUCGGGAACCGACCUCGCAAACUAUUUACAAACAGGUCUGACCGGCGAUUGUAGAGCAAAAGUAUCACCCAUCAGGAAUAAAAAUUUCAAAUGGUACGCGUCUUUACUUUCGUAUCCUGACGUGUCUUAUCCACCUUUUUGUUCAGGGACUGGAUACUUGACCAGCAUUAAGGUUGCAUCCGAAAUUUACCAUGUUUCUCCGAACGUGCCUUUCUUCCAUCUAGAAGACAUCUAUGUUGCUUUGUGCGCGCGGCGACUCGGGUUAUCGUUAAAGAAAACUGUAGGUUUCUACGCAGGACACAGACUGAAUGUAUGUGAUUACAAAAAGGACGACGUCUUAACAGUACAUCACGUAACGCCUUCGAAGUUAACUGAGAUAUGGAAUACGCUUUGCAGUCUCAAAUGAGCGAGGAAGUUACAACCAUAAUGAUAAACAAAUACUAAAUAAUUGGGUCAUUUGAUAACCAUGUGCUUGCCUAACUUAAUUUAGUCACUCUAGUUUAUGUUUGUGUUAUUAACAAAACUGUUGUCAGUGAUAAGUUAGUUGGACAAAGGCUGAACCAAUAUCUAUUCCUUUUAUGAGUUAGCUCUGUUAGUUGAUUUAAACAGAAAUUCGUCAUUGUUUGUGAUUGAUAUAGCAACAUUUUAAUAUUCUUCAUGUAUAUUAAAUAAGUUUAGCUAAAUAUACUUUUUAGACUUUAUAUCACCUGUCUUAAACCAUAACAUGUAGGUGCUGAGUAUUAUAAAUAAUUGUUAAUCAUUUUGUUGCGAAAUACGGUAAUUGCAUUAAUUUAGUAUCACCUUUAUUGUAAUAUGUCACAUUUUACUAUGCGCUAAUGUUUUUAGUUG